CAACCAAUUUGGAUCUUUCGUACCUGCGAGUAUUUUGCCUCCCUGGUGUAAAAAAGGCAGGUAAUCGGUUGCGUGUGCACGAAGAUUAGCGCAGAUGAAAUGGUUUUCCUGGCAGGUUUGAAAUCUCUUCUUCCUUGUGCUGUCAGAACUCUAAUUCGAUCAAAUAAACUUAACAUUAGCAAUACCUCUGGAAUGGCAGAAGGUAAAUAUAAAGGAUUUGUACAGGCAAAUGUUAUAAUUAUGCAUAAAUCUUUUGCUGAUGACUUUGAAAAAUUUUGUCAAGCAAAUGAUGGACCACUUCCCUUGCUGUAUAGAAGUAAGCCAGGGGAAUGGAAGUGUCCUUUCUUGAGCAAUAAUUCUGAUAUAAGAAGUGACUGCUUGCAAUACAAGAAAUAUGAGCAUGGAAUAUCCACAGGAAUUGUGACAAAUCUGAAAGAAUAUUCUGAACAGUUUAAAGACAUGGUGACCUUUUAUCUGGGCUGUAGUUUUACAUUUGAAAAGGCACUCCAGAAAACUGGCAUUCCUGUAAGAAAUGUGGAACAGAAAUGUAAUGUAAGCAUGUACAAGACUGCUGUUCCUUGCUGUGCUAUUGAAUGUUUUCACUGUAAUCUAAUAGUAACUAUGAGAUAUAUACCUCAAGAUAAACUGAAAGAGUGUGUGCAAAUCACCCAUCCAAUGAAAAAAUCACAUGGAGCACCAGUUCACAUUGGCUCUUCUGAUUUAUUAGGAAUUAAAGAUCUAUCCAGUCCAGAAUAUGGUGAUGCAGUACAAGCUAAUCCUGGAGAUGUACCAGUCUUUUGGGCCUGUGGAGUAACAGGAAUAGAAGCCGUCAUCAAUUGUAAAGCUCCACUGGCUUUUACCCAUUCACCUGGUUGCAUGUUUAUCACUGAUUUGGAAGUUGAAGAUGAUGCAUCUGGUAAUGAUAAAGAUCUCCCUGAAGUCUACAGUAUUUCUCAAGAUCCUUUGCAUUAUAGCGUUGCUUCAACAGCAGCUGUAAAGAAAAUUAGAGGCUUAGAAAAUAUAAUAGCAAUAGAUCCAGGGAACAGAGGUGUGAAACAUCUGUUUUCUUGUGAUGAACUUCUGAAGGCAUGCCUGUCGCUUUCCCAUGCAAAAUCAGUGUUGAUUACUACAGGAUUUCCCACCCAUUUCAAUUAUGAGCCACCUGAAGAAAAUGAUGGGCCGCCCGGAGCCAUUGCAAUGGCAGCAAUCUUGAAGGCCAUGGGAAAAAAUGUAGUUCUAGUGACUGAUCAAAGAGCUCUCGAUUUAAAUAGAAAAAUUAUCAAGGAAGCUGUUGAGCAAGAAAUACUGCAAACGCCUGUCCCUGUAAUCAGCUACCAAAGCAAUUCUCAAGAUUCAGCUCUGCAGUUUUUAUGUGAAGAUGGGAAUCCAGAAAAACCAAGAUUUAAUCAUUUGAUAGCAAUAGAACGUGCUGGGAUGGCUGCUGAUGGUAAUUACUACAACGCAAGGAAAGUUAAUAUUAAAUAUUUAGUAGAUCCCAUUGAUGAACUCUUUAUAGCUGCACAAACUCUCCCAGGAAUUACUACUACAGGUAUUGGAGAUGGAGGAAAUGAAUUGGGAAUGGGAAAAGUAAAAGAAGCCACAAAGAAGCACAUUAAAAAUGGAGAUGUCAUAGCUUGUGAUGUGGAAGCUAAUUUUGCAGUUGUUGCAGGUGUUGCCAAUUGGGGAGGCUAUGCAGUUGCUUGUGGACUAUAUAUCCUCAAUACAUGUGAAAUACAUGACCGAUAUCUGAGAAAAGCUGUUGGAUAUCCCAGGUUUUCCAAAUAUAAGAACUGGGCAUCAGCAUUACCUUCUGUGGCUAAGGAAGAAAACAUGCUGAAGAUAUUACAGCAGAAUCAUGUUCGCAGUGGAAUAACUGCAAGUUUGGCAAUGGAAGUGGAUGCUCUGCCAUUCUUUGACAUUCAUUCAAGUUUAAUAGAGAGGCUGCGGGAGGAAACUUUCAAAUAAUAUUCCAUCUCUAACAAUAUGGUAUAGUAAACACAUUUAGUCCAGAAUAUAUAUUACCACUACAUUCCCUGAUCAGAUAUCCUGCCACAAUUUAUUAUUCCAAAUAGUAUGAGGUAGAAGAAUGUGUGAUUGUACAGUAAAUUUCUGGAAUAAUGUCAAUGUAGAAUUAAUACAUUUUUCAGAAUGAUAUCUUUUUUCAAUUAUCUAACUAAAAUGUAUCAACAAUAAAUUAAUCGAGAAUACAUUUUCUUUGAUUUAAACAAGAUUCAUCUGUGCCUCAUUUGCCAGAUGCCCUGUUAAAACGGUAAUAACCCUCCAAAGGAAAGUUGCAGACAGUGUUCUGAAAUACUUUCUUCUCUCCCACAAAAUAAUAGGAAUAGAAGGGGCCCUUAGGCUAUUGAAUUCAACUCUUUGCUCAGGGCAAGCAUCCAAAUUAAAGUCUACCUAGCUUUUCUUGAAUACUUUAGUAUGCGAUUGGUUGCACUGUCAAACUGCUCUUCUUAGGAGGAAAUUCUCAACUUUGAACCAGAGUCUGCCUUCCACUGAGUUAUUACAUGUCUUGUCCUCUAAAAUGAUAAAGAAUGAGUUGUGUCCUUCUCUAUGAUAUUACUCUGUGAUUUCCUUCCAGUAUGAAGAGGGAGGUAGCAUAUUCCCACUCAAUUGUCUUUUUUUCUGAAUAUAUGUAUUCAGUUCUUUCUAUUGAUUCUCAUUGAAUGUAAUUUCUAGUUCCACACUCAAACUUGCUGUCUUUUUCUUGGUGUUUGAGUCCUUGUUAAAGGCCAUGUCCAUGAUAGAAAUAUAAAACUCUUUACAGCAAGAAUCUGUCAGCAAAAAUACUGCCCCCGUUAAAUAUGGUUGUUUAAUCUUUUCUGCCCUUAUACAGGUAGUCCUUGACUUAUGACCACAAUUGGGACUAGAAGUUCCAUAGCUAAGCAAGGUAGUUGUUGUGAGUUUUGCCCAGUUUUAUGGCUUUUUGCCGCAGUUAAGCCAAUCACUGCAGUUGUUAAGUGAAUCACAUGAUUAGUAAGUGAAUCCAGCUUCCAUUUAUUUUGCUUGUCGCAAGCCAGUUGGGUUACUCUCAAAUGGCAGUCAGAUGACCACAAGAUACUACAGCCAUGGCAAAUACAUGCUGGUUGCCAUUGGAAUUUCAAUCACAUGACUGUGAGGAUGCUGCAGUAGUUGUAAAUGCAAGGCCUGGUCAGAAGUUGUCUUUUGCAGUGCACUUAUAUCUUUGAACUAUUGCUAAACAAAAUGGUUGUAAGUUGAGGACCACCUGGACUUGCCUGUUAUUAAAAUUGUGCUGUCUUCCUUGGUGUGUGUGCUCUUCUCUCCUUUGUUAUCGUAAUCUUCCCGUUGUGAAUACUACCAAACCAUGGCAAACAUAUCCAACGCAGUGUGUUUUAACAAAGAAAAGCAGGCCUACUGUAUUUAUUGUGGCAUUUCUAAUUUCAUAUUUGCAUCCAUUCAACUUAGUUCCUAUCUGCCCUUUUCUAUCUUCAAAUAAAUUAGAACAUGUGAAUCCUUGUUACUUUUUAGGCACUUGUGGUACUUUGCAAAAACUGAAAGGUAAAAUUGACUUAAGAUUUUUUUAAAAAUCCUGUUGAAAUAGUUGAAUUCUUGGGCAUUCAGAAUACUUUUCUCUUUCAUGCAGUACCCCUCUGUUCUUCAUCUCAUCCCUUUCUAAAAGCAUCCCUUUUUAUGCCGAGGUGGAUGUUGUGCUUAUGUGAGGUGGAUGAGGUAGAACAACAGAAAGAGAAGUAUCUCAAGAGAAGUAACAGAACUGUUUACAGCUAAAUAUCCUAAUUGUAGAACGGGGGUUUCUUAUCUCAGAAAUGCAGCAUUAAACAAGAGAGUAUAAAUUGGACAGAUACUAACACCAUACUCAAGCUUGGUCUUAGAAAUUAGCAGAUGGGUCAGAGGAGAUGGAGUGGGUGUGUGCAUUAUCAUUGGGGCCUGCGGAAGGCUCUGAGGAGCAGGAGGUCUCAGAGCCAGAUGCAGAGCAGGGCUCAUCUACUCACACUCAGGCAGAGAGACAGCUGUUUUCAGGGCCUGAGCUGAGCAAGGAGGAGGAACAGCUGGGGCCUGUCCAAGAUGCACGUAUGUGCAGAGAAGUACGGAGAGGAGAGCAACACAGGACUGAGGGCCAGCUAUCCAGGAAAAGAAGGAGACGUUAACAAGCCCCUCCUGGGCUGGGAUAUAAGGAGGAGGGGUGUGGGAGGCAUGGUUGUUGGAGACAACCAUUCAUGUUCCAGAAGAGUUCCCUCUGGCUGAUUCUUGCCAGGAUUUCCUUGCCACUAUCCAGGUUGGUCAGGACUCUUUGUGUUGGGAUUGAAGUGCUAACUGACUUUUGGGGAUCUCAGAGACAGCUUGUGAAUCACCUAAGAAUGUGUGACCUGGAGCUUUGUCAGUGAAUGCAUGUAUUCCUGUCUUUCUAAAUAAAAAGGAGUUUUCCCUCAUGAGUAGAGUGUUAAGUGGGGCUCAUGAAGGCUAAGUCAGAUCACAGAGAGCAAAAAAAAAACACCUCUUGGGAUUUGCAAGGUCAAAUGCUAGAAGAGAAAUAGUAAUGAUGCUGGCAAUGACCAGAAAGAAGGAAAUAUAUUAACAACUCACCUCACAGCCUCCAAAACAAUCCAUAAAAAUAUUUUAUAUACAUUUUUUAUUAUGUGAUGACAGAAGUCCACUUACAUUCUGGACUGGGAAUUGGAUAUUUUUGUUAUAGCUCUUGAAGUUAUUUUGAUUUCUGAAUGUAAAUUUAGUAAUUAGUUGUGAUUCUGUAAACUUGUAACUGAGCAUAUUCCAAUGAACUCAAUUAGAUCAAUGAGAUUAAAUUAAAUUACAAAAGGAUGCAAUUUACAACUACUUAAAAUUAAUGUUUUCUGUAAGAAUGCUUAGAAUGGACUUUUGCAAUAACAAAUGCCAAACAUUUGUGUGUUCAUCCUGACUCAAUACUAUUGCAUUCAGAGAAUUUUGCCCCCCUGACUUAAGAAGCACAUUAGGGUUUGAAAUAAAGUGGAGAAAGAACUACUGUAUAAAGAUUCCAAAUACAGCAAAAUGUAACCAAAAGAUAAAUGCAGGUUUAGAUGUUUGGCUUAGUACAGAAUUUUGUUGCAUAAAAUUACUAAUAAACCAUUGAUCUAAACAAA